AUGACUAACGCUCGACCAUUGACGCGCCAAAACUCAAAACAGCUGAGUAGGCAGGAUAGCGAGGAGGUAAUAUUUGACGGAGUUGGUUCAUCGAACCAGAGUAACCAAUCCAGAGUAGUACACUCACCACCUUCGACAACGAGUACGAUAACGUCGAGUACUACCGUUUCGUCCGCGAACUCGAUGAUGUCGGGCCCCCCUCCUACGUUACCCAACAUACCAAGCCUGGUUGUUACUGCAGGUACACCACUGCAGAACAGACCACCAGUUAGGCGUAGUUUAGGGAAUAACCCAGCGACGGUACCAACUUCCACGUCAAUGGUCACUACGAUGACCACAACUAUCGUUACGUCCACACCGACUACACCGAUUACGGUCGCACCGGGGUCUAUUCAAACGAGUGACCCACCGAGUAGUAAUUCAACUGAACAAAUACACUCUAGAAUAAAUAAUUCACAAGCGUCUGUGGACGGGGUACUUAUUGAAAACCCCCCACCGGUACAUUUACAUCAGAUUCAGCCUAAUGCGGGAUCCGUUUCUUAUCCUGGCAUCGCUCCAGUUCCCACACAGACUGAACAUGGAGCAACUCUAGCUGCUUUAGCUCAAAUAAUGAGUUGUAUCCAGAAUUUAGCACUUUCUAUUGACCCUCAACGGGAAGUCACUCCGCAAGUGCCUGUACCAUCAAAUGCACAAACUGUUCGCACCGUAACUCACAGUUUCGGCGACGGGGAGUGUAGUACAGGACACUUGACGCAAGACACCAGGGCUAUGACAUCUGCAGCCCUCCCGGUUAAUGAACGACCUGGUACCAGUGAAACCAAUAAUGUCCACAGUGAUAAUUUAAAUAUAAAUACAAAAUAA